AUGGCGAGGUGGACGGCGCAGCGGAGCGGGCUGCUGCUCGUGGCGGCGCUCCUCGCGGUGGCCGUGGCGGCGGCGGACGACAGCGGCGAGAAGUGCACGGGCGGGUGCGGGAACCCGUGCGGCAUCCCGUGCACCUACUCCAGCCCGCCGCCGCCGGAGCCGGCGCUGCCCCCGCCCGUCUACUACCCGCCGCCGGCGCCCGUCUACUCGCCGCCGCCGCCCGAGGCCGUCUACCCGCCGCCCACGCCCACGGCCGACUGCCCGCCGCCCCCCACCGAGGGGUACACGCCCGCGCCCUACACCCCGACGCCGUCCACGCCCUCCGGCGGGUACACCCCGGCGACCCCCUCCGGCGGGUACAACCCGACCCCGUCCGGCGGGGACGGGUACAACCCGACGCCGUCCGGGUGGUUCACGCCGCCCAACAUGCCGUCCUACCUCACCCCGCCCGGCCCGCUCUACCCGCAGGACCCCGGGUUCCGGCCCAACGCCGCACCGGGCCUCUCCGCGGCGUGGCGCGCGGCCGCGAUCGCUGCCGUGGCCGUCGCCGGCGCCCUGGCCUUGUGA